AUGGACUUGAAUCAACAGCGCGACGAUCCGCACGGCGUGCAGAGGCUGCUCGAUAUUCUGCGGCGCCAGCAGGAUGCCUCCUCGUCAUCAGCCGCUCCACCCUCCAACCCGUUUGCUUCAGCAUCGCAGCCCGAGGCAGACGCACACGCCUCGUCGGACGCGGCUGCACAGCGUCGUCGCGCCUACGCCUCGUCGUCCUCAGCGUACACACCCGCAGAGGCGCCCUUCGAUCCGUACGCGUUCAACCCGUUCAGCGCUGCCAACCCCGUCCUCGACGCGCCUCCGACCGUUCCGCCGAAGAAGGACGCGCCACGCGACCUGGCGUCGCUGAGCUUUGCCGAGUCGCUGCCGAUCCUGUCAGGUCUCGCUGCGGAUGCGGGGCUUAUGCGCCGGCUGAGGGUGCUGCGCACACAGCAGCGCGAGCUCGAGCGCCGGCUCGCCAAGGAGUACCAACAGUUCGCAGCGACCAAGGAGCGCCAGUACCCGCACGUCAAGCAGCGCAAGGAGGAGGACCACCGCCGGCGCGCCGACGCACUUGCGCAGUGGGACAAGUGUCUGCAGGCGCAGCAGCACGAGCUCGCGCGCGUGGGCGUGCCCACCUUUGUGCCGACAACAGACAGACGCAAGGUCGAAACGCAGCGCAAGGUGCUGGCGGUCCUGGUUGAUAUGCUCGACGAUCAAGAGCCAUCAUAG